AUGUUUGGUGGUGGAAACAGGAGAGACGAGGGAUCGAUGCCGAUUCAGAGCACCAACUUGUUUGCCGCUUUGGAUACUUCGAAGAAGAAGAAGAAGUCUGACAAGAGCAAAGGUUCAUCAAAGUCAUCAUCUCGACAAGAUCCUCCAAAGGAGCCUGAGCCACAGGUCUUCUGGCAACCUACGCCUCUCAAAGCUAAGGCUUGGGCUGAUAUCGAGAGCGACGAUGAAGAUGAUGACUAUUACGCCACCACUGCUCCUCCUCAGGCUUUGUGGAGCACCUCUGAAGCGUCCCACUCGGAUGCAAAAGAGAUUGCCGCUGAGGUGAGUGAAAGCGAAGAGGAUAUUCUUGAUGAAGGCGAUGAUGAUGAUUUGGAGGAAGAGACUGAAAAGGGAACAGAGACGCAAGUUGUUCCUGAAGCAGAGCCUGAGGCUCCUGAAGUUCCUGCACCACCUAAGGAGGCAGAGAGGCAGCUUUCCAAGAAGGAGAGGAAACAGAAGGAACUCGCUGAGCUUGAGGCCUUGUUAGCAGAUUUUGGAGUUGCACCCAAUGGGCAAGAGAACUCUCAAGAUAAGCAAGAAAAGAAGGAAGUGAAUGGAGAGGGAGAGAAGAAGGAGAACACAACGGGAGAAUCAAAGGCCUCGAAGAAGAAGAAAAAGAAGGAGAGACAGAAGGAGGCAAAAGAAUCUCAGGAUGAAGUGAAGAGCAACUCAGAUGCUGCAGGUGAGUCCGCUGAGCAGGAGGAUGAGGCUUCUUCCUCCCUGGAUGUCAAAGAACGGCUGAAGAAGAUUGCAUCGAUGAGGAAGAAGAAAUCAAGCAAAGAGACGGAUGCUGCUGCGAAAGUUGCUGCACAAGAAGCAGCUGCGAGGAAGGCAAAGUUGGCAGCGGCAAAGAAGAAAGAGAAGAAUCACUACAAUCAGCAGCCAGUGAGAUGA